AUGAAGCGAACGCAAGUACCAAGUGAACCUGAGGCUUUUCCAGAGAAACGACGGCGAUUCGAGGCCCUCUCAGCUGGUGACGACCAGGACCAUCAUGACACAUCCAAAACACGCGACAAAGCAGUACACGAAGAACUGAGUACCCUUUGUUCCCGAUGUUCGUCUAUUGAUGUUGAGGGCCUUUCUAUCAACAUGAACGGCAAAUUCGAAGCAAUCAAAUUGAUGAGUCUUGGGAAACUUGGGGUAGAAGCUGAGCUAUCGUCAUGCUCACUAUGUCGCUUUUUCCAUGCGGUAAAGAUAUUGGAUGAUAAUGAUUGUUCAGUCAAUGACUACGCCCUAUAUUUAACAGCCGCCCCACCACCUUACUCUCGGGAAAGAUCAGUGCUUGCUGUCGCCCGAGAAGAAGGUAGCACCUCGAGCAAGUAUGGUUUCUUGACGUACCUACGAGAUAUGGGAGCGUCUCGUGGGUUCAUUGCAUGCUCAGAAGGGUCAGAUACAGGUCCUCAUGCAUACUCACUACGAGCACGAUCCAUCGAUCCAGGAUCGAUUUGCUACGACAACACUAUUCGAGGUUGGAUAAAGCUUUGUGAUCAACAACACAGAGGGUGUUGCAACAUCCGAGAUGACAGAUCAGCCUCAGGUCCAGAAGACAUGAAAUUGAUCGACUGCAAACUCCGGCAAAUCGUACCAGCGUUGCCAUCCUACAGAUAUUCUGCGCUCAGCUAUGUGUGGGGUACGAGCAGCUCUGGCGAUGACGAUCAGCGGAGUCAUAAGACUUUUCUUCCUACAAUUCUGCCACGCACUAUCGAAGAUGCUAUAAGUGUCACUAAAGUGCUAGAUCUCCGAUAUCUCUGGGUCGACAGGUAUUGCAUCGACCAAGAGAAUGAUGCCGAAAAACAAACACAGAUCCAGCAAAUGGAUCUCAUAUACCAACACGCAUUCGUGACUAUAGUCGCUGCAGCAGGCAAUGAUCCACAUUUCGGCCUCCCUGGAGUCGGUGCCACCUCGAGACAUCCUCAACCGACUGCAUGGAUUAAAGGCCGAUGCCUUGUGUCAACUCUGCCAGACCCACGGCUGCUCAUCAAGGCCUCUAAGUGGAUGCAGCGAGCAUGGACCUACCAAGAAAGCUUUUUUUCGACGCGACGCAUCGUUUUUACAGAGCAACAAGUAUACUAUGAGUGCCGAAAGGGUUCAGCGCGUGAGACGUGGCAUGUUUCCCAGAGCAUGAGCAUGCCCGUUUUUCUCGACCCGGACGCACUCAGUAGACAUCGACCUACGCACAUCUGCCGCCUUCUGGAGGACUAUUGUGGAAGAGAACUAUCUGUCGAGUCCGAUGCUAUACGCGCAUUUGAAGGAGUGUUUCAUAACUACAGGAGAAAGCAUCACGUUCACCAAUAUCGGGGUAUUCCCAUAAUGCCGUUGACAAGGAUGAUAUACUUGGAGGGUAUACAUCGUAGCAGGGGCGAGGCUUUCGCUGCUGGGCUCACCUGGUCCAAUAGAGCUCCAGGCGCCAGACGUAGCCUGUUCCCUACGUGGAGUUGGGCUGGAUGGACUGUAUCAAUCAGAUACCAAAGUCACCUGUGCGUUUUUGGACUCGGACUUGGAGACGACAGACCACUGAAGAUCUUUAUAGAGAACUGUGAUGGAUCUCUUUCGGAUAUGGACGAGCUAAGCGACGACUUGCUGGAUCAAGGCGUUUCUGGUUCCUCUAGCAAAUUUAUCCAUAUCGAAGCAUGGACGAUACCUAUCAACAUCCAGUACAAGCCUAACAGGGCAGAAGAAUCCCAAUACAACAGCAAUUGGUACAAUGGCAGCUCUGGGUAUAUCGUUAGAUUUCAAAGAGAUGAGGCUGCGGUCCAAGUUCCUAUGAUUCCACUAUAUCAAAAGAACGAGAACGAUAUUACUACACAGCAAAGUUAUGCGCCAGACUUCAAAAAUGGUAGUUUUCUGGGUAUAGUGUUAGGCAGGUGUGAGGAUCGGUUUCGUACCAUCUUCAUCAUGGUUGUACAUGAAAAGAAUCACUACUACGAGCGAGUCGGACAUAUAAUUCUUGCACCGACUUAUAAGACAUGGUUCUCAAACGGCCGUAAAAUCCACGAGUCCAUAAUAUGCGGGGAAUGGACCAUCUUUCGUUCGAAAGAAAGAAGAACUAUUCGUUUGGGUUGA